AUGACGGAAGGUAAAAAGGUUGCGAUAGUCGGCCUAGGGGCGCUUGGUCUCGUCGCCCUCAAGAACUGCCUAGAAGAGGGGUUCGAGGCAACGGGGUUUGACCGCAUCCCUUAUCCGGGGGGGCUCUGGACGUAUACGCCAGAAGACCGAGUCUCUGCGCUCCCAAGUAACAUGAACUGCUCCUUCUCUGACAGAAAUGAGAUUGAUAACAGGUACCUUGCCAGCUACGUGGAGCACUUCAACCUGCGCCCUUCGAUGCGCCUCAGCAUAAGCAUCACUCGUGUGUACCAUGAUGAAAGCGCCAAUAAAUGGGUGAUUAAGAUAGAUGGGGCCCCCGACGAGAUGUUUGACAGAGUGAUCAUGGCGACGGGUCAAAAUCAUACGCCGAAAUAUCCUGACAUUAAGGGAAUUGAUCUAUUCCAAGGCGAAAAGCUUCACGCUAAGUCGUUCAAAAGCCCCGAGGGAUUCAAGGGUAAGGAUGUCUUGAUCAUCGGCCUGGGCAACAGCGGGGCAGACACAGCGACAUCUUUCGCCGGAUACGCCAACAACAUCUAUCUAUCACAUAGACAUGGAUGCCUAGUUUCAGUAUUGUCUGACAUCGUGGAGUUGCCCCGCGUAAAAGAGGGCAAACCCAUCGAUCAUACCAUCAACGUCCGUUACGUCACCUGGCAGCGCGUCUUCGAGCGUUUCUUUCCCAGUCUAGUCGAGAAGCUUUUCAACAACUUCGGCAAGAGACUCCAGGACGAGGCUUUCAACAUCCGACCCGAAUGGAAGCUGUCCCCCGCGCCCUCCCUCAAAAAGUACCUGCCCCUCAUCACGGACAAUCUUAUCGAUUCCUUAGAGAGCGGCGCUGUCCGGUCCGUUGAAGGCGUCAGCGGGGUCGUUGGGCCCAACAAGGUCGAGCUCACCGACGGCAAAGUCAUCAAGGUAGACACGAUCAUCUACUGCACUGGCUACAUGUCCGACUUUAGUCUUCUGGACCCCGAGUAUGACCCGACGCGCGAGACCACGCCAGAUUGGGCCGCCGCUAGAGGUUCGAGGGGCAAGCCGCUGCCGAGACUGUAUCAAGGCGUCUUUUCGCUAAGCCACCCACAUUCUCUGGCCUUCCAGGGUGCUGUGGCGCUCACUAUGGGCCAGUUCCAGAUAAAUGACCUAUCUUCGAUGGCGGUGACGCAGGUGUGGAAGGGCAGGUCGGCCCUGCCCCCUCAGGAGGAGAUGGAGCAGGCGGUCGAUAAGCACCACGCCUGGAUGGUAGAACUGGCUAGAGAGGGCAGCGUCCUGCCGCAGACGGUCAACCCGUACCAGUGGGCGGACUGGGCUGACCAGACGGCCGGCACAGGCGUGAAUGAGUACCUGGGCUGGGGGUGGAAGGGGUGGAAGUUCUGGUUCCAGGAGCCCCGAUUCUGCAGCAUUCUCAUGGGCGGCGUCUACAGCCCGCACAUCUACCGUGUUUUUGACGGCAAGAGGAAGAGGUGGGGUGGAGCAAGGACAGAGAUUGAGAGGCUGUACAAGGUGGCGAACGAGAAGCCUAAGGUCAAUUAG